CACGACCUUCCCAAUUAAAAAAAUAAAAAAGUUGAAAUCCAUGCUAGUCCCUUAUGUGCCUACAAAUUCUCUCUCGUUCAAAUAUUAAACAAACAAUGGUUACUUUGUGGCUUUGAGUUUCCUAUUCAUGCAUAGAGAAGUCAUGAUACACGUUUAAUAACAGCAGGGAGAACCUUGUACUACUUGAGUUACAGGCAUGUUAUGAACUAUAUAUCCUGCCUACACCGCCCUAUAUAUAUAGCCUUGUUAAAUAGGUCAUGUGAAAUCAACGGGUGUACAUUUCCUGUCACACAGAACUCAUAUAUCGAUUGUGACAGAUUUUCGAAACUCACUGAGUCUAACAAGGUUAUCACCCACACCUACAGCGGGGCGAUUGACGGGUGAAUAUUAUUUGGUAAAUUUGUAACAAGUUUCCUAUUGUUGCUCUGUCCGUCCUUUGACAUCCGCACAAUAAACCCUGAUUCCCUAAAUAUUAUUUGACAUAAACGCAUUGAAUGCGAAAUUGACAUGAUGUCUUUUGAUGUCAUUAUGGUCGAGGAUUCACCCAUCCAUGCAUGGCUGGCUAUUGUGACGGGACAGUUUGGAUUGUUGUGGUCGGAGAGGAUAUUGGCUCUGAAGCAUUGUGGUUUGAGGCUAUAACUUUGGUGAAAGACUUUGGAACAAGAGUAAGUUCAGAGGGGUCGUGUGGAUAACAGAGCUUGGACUAUCAAGGUCAGAACUGAGGCAUCUCAUCCAAUCAGAUCUAAGGAUACUUGCAGCUAUGUUGACGCCUACCCUGCCCUAGUGGAGAUGGCACACACCAUGAUAUACUUACAGCAUAGGUGAGAUGGAAGAUGAAUGGAAGUUUAUCUCCCGUUUCCAUGGAUACUGGGUUGCUGUUGCUAGGCAUCAUGGGGUAUGUCACCAUGGCAACGGCGUGUCCAACGCUAUGUCAGUGCAAUUUGGACUACUUUGUGUACUGUCGAGGGAUCGGCCUGAGUGACGCCCAGCUGCAGACCGUGAUGACAGAGAUGCCCAAAAGAGUCCGGCUCCUGGACUUCGGAUACAAUCAAAUCUCCACGCUCCCUGCAGGAAUAUUCUCCAACCUGCCAAACCUCCGAACAUUGAACCUAGAGUCCAACAAGAUUAACAAUCUCCCAAACGAAGCCUUUCAGAAUCUACCCAUUCUGGAGGAAAUAUAUUUGAAUAAUAACGUUCUUCACCAAGUCACAGCAUCACCAUGGAGAAAUAUACGCCAUUUGAAGAAAAUUGAUCUAGCCGACAAUUACAUUGAUUUUUUAGACUCUGGAGCCUUCACAUCUCUCACAAAUUUGACAAGUUUAAGUUUACGAAGCAAUCAAAUUGGUGCGAUUGAAACAGGAACGUUUGCAGGUUUGUCGUCUCUCAGUUUGUUGGAUGUUUCCAAUAAUGUGAUUCAUCGUGUGGCAAAUGAAAGUUUUUCUGAUUUGGAAAAUCUGCGGACAUUGGAUCUGUCGUACAAUAUGUUGACAGACAUACAUUCUGGAAUGUUUGCAGGGUUGAGUCGUCUGUCAAGUCUUGUUUUAGACUUCAACAAAAUCUCUGAUCUCAGUAGAAUAUCAACAUCAGACUUCUAUCCCAGUUUGGUGAAACUGUAUGUGUCGAACAAUGAUCUCACCGCUGUUCCUGGAAACGUAUUUGUGAAUUUUCGCAAGCUCAAAGAAUUGUGUUUGAAUAAAAACAAAAUUACAUUGAUUCCGAGAGGAGCCUUCCUUGGUCUUGACUUGGAGAAACUGUCACUCUCGGACAACAAAUUAACAAGAUUACAGCGCGAUAUGUUUCAGCAGGUUCGGAGGAUCCGAUAUUUGGAUUUUAGUCAUAAUAAAAUAACUUCACUCAGUACUGGAGUUUUUGACAGUUUUCGGGAAACUAUUCUCGUGUUGCAGCUUCAAGAUAAUGAACUUGUGUAUGUUGAUCCUGGUCAUUUCCGAGGGAUGGUUCAUCUGCAGUGUUUGAAUCUCUCGAAAAAUUCCAUUAACAUUAUCAAAGAUGGAUCUUUCAGUGACAUGCGUGACCUUCAAGAUCUGGUGCUCUCUGAAAACGACCUUGAGAGGGUCACACCUGGAAUGUUGGAGGGUCUCUCCCUUCAGAGACUGUAUCUCGUUUGUAAUCCGUUGCGACACUUUGUCGGAUUCCGGUACGACGAGCAAAACACGAACCCGAAAAGGAUUCACAUGAAUUUGACAGUUGUCAGUGAGUCAGACUCCAUUGUGAAGGUGCAGUGGCCAUAUUCGUCAGGUUCACAGAUCUACUGGACUUUGAAAAUCGUGUGUUUGAAUGAAGAGGUGUGUUCGGCACCGCCGAAAGACGAAUACCUUGCUCCGUUCAGAACGGACCACGUGGUGCGAGGUCUGUCCGCACUUUCGGACUACUAUGUGUGUAUAAACCCAGUGUUCGUGAACACAGGUGUUCACAUUGAGCAGUGUAUCCAUGUGAGAACUCAGAGGAACGCCUUCACAACCAGUUCCAGUAUUGUGGCGACAGAACAACUGUCUUCUGGGAGCCAAAUGGCGCCCGCUAAGGCGACAUGGGUGAUACCAGCCAUCAUCGUGGCAUCAUUUUCAGUAUUACGAAAUAAUGCCUUCAGUCAAUGAAUGAGUACAUGCAAUAUUAAAUAUAUGAAAUGAAUUUGCGUGUGGAGUUGUGUCCCUUGGAAAUCUGCUGGUAUUUUUUUCAAAAUUAAAUAUUUGCCCUGAUUAAUAAGAUGAAUAUCCUCGGCAAAUGUCAGUUUUUUUACAUUCAUUUGACUACAAGCAAUAAUACUUCAUAGGUAACUGAAAUACUGUUCAAAGCAACCCCACAUCUCACUCACUCACUCACUCACUCACUCACUCUUGUCAUAAGAGGCGACUAACGGGAUCAGGUGGUUCGGCUUGCUGAUUUGGUUGAUGC